AUGUUCGUUGCUGGAAGAAGACUACAGAGCAGCUUAUUGCUCAGCUCUCGUCUGGGAAUAAGAUGCGCUCAAGCAGCAGCAGCCGCCGAAAGUUCACGAAAACCUGAACGAAUGAAAAAAUUUUCUAUCUAUAGAUGGAGUCCAGAUGAUAAUACCAGACCAAAAAUGCAAGAAUAUAAUGUGGAUCUAAGCACGUGCGGACCAAUGGUAUUGGAUGGAUUAAUCAAGAUUAAAAAUGAAAUUGAUCCAACCCUGACUUUUAGACGAUCAUGUCGUGAAGGUAUAUGUGGAUCUUGUUCCAUGAAUAUUGGCGGUAUUAAUACGUUAGCUUGCUUAAGCAAAAUUGAUCCUGAUUUAUCUAAACCCGUAAAAAUCUAUCCACUACCUCAUAUGUAUGUGGUAAAAGAUUUAGUUGUGGAUAUGAAUAACUUUUAUGAUCAAUAUCGAGGAAUAGAGCCCUAUUUAAAGAGAAAGAAAGAUACGACAAUUGGACAAGAACAGCUGCACCAAUCUGUUGAGGAUAGAAAAAAACUGGAUGGUUUAUAUGAAUGUAUCUUAUGCGCUUGCUGCAGCACAUCUUGCCCCAGUUACUGGUGGCAUCCAGAUAAGUAUCUAGGACCUGCUGUGCUGAUGCAAGCGUAUCGCUGGAUGAUUGAUAGCAGGGAUGAAUUCACUCAAGAACGCCUAGAGAAACUGGACAACGCUUUCUCCGUUUACAAAUGCCAUACUAUAAUGAAUUGCACAAAAACCUGCCCAAAGGGUUUAAAUCCAGGAUUAGCCAUUGGAGAAAUAAAGAAGAAGCUUGCGACCUAUAGAUCAUAA